AUGCUGCGGAGAGGAUGGCUAAAAUGGGUUGGCCAGGUGAGCCAGGGGACAGGCCAGUUCGAUCCGAGUGCGAGUUAUGCCAAGGUGUGGCAGGUAGUGCGUCCAUGCAAGAUGGUCUUGGCCGAUGGCAAGAACAGCAGUACUCUCACAGCCCGUUUUGGGCAGGGUGCAAGCUUUGAGCAUGCAGAGACCCUUAAUUUGCCGAACUGGCGGGAUGAGCUAAAAUCUGAGCUCGGGUCUGAACUAUUGAAACGAGACGGUGUGGUGCAGUGUGAUUCUGGCAUCGAUGUGGCCGUGUUCCAUGGCAUUGCAACGAAUGGCACGCACGCAUGCAUUCAGCAAGUGGAGCCUGAUCGGUUACCAACUGCUGCAGAAUUGAGACAGCAGCAGCAAGCGCGUUAUUCGCGCACGGGCUGUGAUCGUUUCACCUGA